AAAAACUUGUGGAAGGCAAGCGCUGCUCGUGCUUCUGUCCUUUCUUGAUCUCGAAUCAUCAUUCCGUCAAGCUGGUCUUGUCGCCACUUUGUAAUAUGUAACCUAGAGGUCCACCUAACAAAAGAAAUUGACAACAUCAACUUCUCUCAAUUUCUCACUCCUUAGGGUAUCUCUCCCACGCAUAAUCUCAAGCCAUGGCUCCCUGGUGGCCUUCCCCGUCCGAAGCAGACAAGCCCCAUCGUGACGAUGAUCCAUUUGCCGACUUUCGUCGUUUUGCAGAGGAGCAAAUCGGAGCUCUAGUUCAAGGUAUCAACUCCUUACCUGGCUUCAGCUCCGCCUCUCUGGGUGCAGAAGAACAGCAUUUAACAGACGAGAUGAGAGAACUGCGCAAACGACUCGAAGAAGACUUUCCGCCCCUCUUCGCUUCUCUUCUAGGUGCGCCAGAACGGAGAUCAUAUCUCGGAGGUCCUAUUAGCGAAGAAGCUCGUCAGGCUGCCCGCGUAUUACUUUUGCAAGCACGCAAUGCUAGUCUUGGUGUCAAUCCAAACAGAAUUCUCAGUCUGUAUCAGGAUCAUGGUCAAGGUAUGAUGCCUGUUCAUAGCAAGUUUCCUAUCCGUACGACCACCAGCAACACAACUUGGCUAGGUAUCGACUGGUUCAGACACAGUCCUUACUCCCCAAUCCAACUCGAACAGCACUCUACCGCUCAUCAGCAUGGUGGCAAGUGGCGUGCUGCCUUUGAAGAUCUGCUCUGCGCUCAUCUCGACAAGCCGCAAGUUGCUUACGACGCUUGGAAAGCCGAGGAUUCUAUCGCCGCUUCUGAUCUAGAGAAUCAGACACUGUACAAUCAGUGGGCCCAACCUGGUAUUGACUGGAUGCUUGGCCUACAGUGCAGAGGAAUUCUGCCACCCCAGCUACCCAGCCUCUACAACAUCACCCCUCUCGAGACCAAGAAACUUGAUCGCGUGUUCGGCAAGAUCGUAUCUGGAGUUAGUAACUUUUGGACACCAUAUGGCCGUUCCGUAUACGAGGACUUUACGCAGCUGGCGAGAAUAGUGGCCUCUCCUGAUGCCGAAGACUUGGUCUUGAGAAGGAACAUGCAGCCCGAGACCGAGAUGGACAUGUAUGAGAGCUUGUGGAAAGUGAAAGAAGACUACAGCGAGGAGCAAGCAAGUUCAUCCAAGGCGACGUCGAUGUCCAACAACUCCUCAGUAUCGAUCUCAUCUUCGGAUCCGGCAAGAAGUCAGAAGCCCAGCGUCAUCUCGGUCAUGACCACCACCGAGAUGCGUACCAUUCCCGACGGCACAGUCUACACCAAGCGCGUACUGAAGAAGCGUUUCUCUGACGGCACUGAGGAGAACAGGGAAGAAGAGUCGACUGGACUACCCGAACAAGAGACGGGUCUGGAGAGUGAUGGCGGGCAUGACAAGAAAGAUGGCGCUGGAUGGUUCUGGCACUGAUGUCGGCUGUGGUAUCGCUUUGAUAACGACUAUUAUGAUUGACCGAUAGCUGAGGUGUCUUUAUACCCUUGCUGUAUUCAUUGCUCAUGAAAUAUCUCAACAAUUCCGUGACUCCGUUGUUUGAUGUGCAAGAAAGUGAAAAAGAGGC